GUGUUCAACCGUUUCAUGCUCCCCACAGUGUUUACUGGUUUCCCCUCUCGACCGUUUCAUGCUCCCCACAGUGUUUACUGGUUUCCCCUCUCGGAUGGCAGUUUUGCACUCUGUCAAUGCUUAAAUCACUUAAAAAAGACAACGAAGAAGAACCAUUACAGUAUUAUCGCGAGAUUCAAGAACGGGAUCCAUCAGGCGUUUCAGCCAGCGUCCAAGAUGACCACGACGGAGGUUCGACUCAAUCACACCAUCUACAUCAAUAACUUGAACGAGAAAAUUAAGAAAGAUGAGCUGAAGAAGUCUCUCUAUGCCAUCUUCUCGCAGUUUGGCCAGAUUUUGGACAUUUUGGUAGCCCGUACUUUAAAAAUGAAGGGUCAGGCCUUUGUCAUAUUUAAAGAGGUGAACAGUGCUUCCAAUGCUCUCAGAUCUAUGCAGGGGUUCCCUUUUUAUGACAAACCCAUGCGCAUCCAGUAUGCCAAUACAGAUUCAGACAUUAUUGCCAAAAUGAAAGGCACUUAUGUGGAGCGUGAUCGUAAGAAGGAGAAGAAAGAAAAGAAGAAGCCAGAGUCCAGCGGUAGCAAGAAAGCUGCCAUGUCAGGAGGCGCAGCUGGUCAAAUGAACCAAGGGGGCCGCAUGAUGCAUAUGCAAGGCCAGUCACCCUAUAUGCCCCCACCAGGCAUGAUGCCGCCCCCUGGAAUGGGGCCUGGGCAGAUGCCCCCUGGUGGCAUGGGGCAUGGUCAGAUGAUGCCCGGACAGAUGCACCAGCAGGUUUCGGAAAAUCCUCCCAAUCACAUCUUGUUCCUCACCAACCUGCCUGAAGAGACCAAUGAGCUCAUGCUCUCCAUGCUGUUCAACCAAUUCCCAGGAUUCAAGGAAGUGCGUCUGGUGCCCGGCCGGCACGACAUCGCUUUCGUGGAGUUUGACACCGACGUACAGGCCGGUGCUGCGCGCGAAGCGCUGCAGGGCUUCAAGAUCACGCAGAGCAACGCUAUGAAGAUCUCCUUCGCCAAGAAAUAACGCCUUUGUCACUCCCUCGCAGCACAGGUCUGUUAUGUGUUGAUGUUUUUUUUUUUUUUUUAAAUGCUGUUUUUCCAUUUUUCUUUUACUAUGAAGUGUUUGUUUUGGUAAGUUUGAGUGAAAGCAUUGCACCCAGCGUCUGGUCUGUCAGACAUCACACCUGGAGCGUCUUUUUUUUU